CUUGAAUGUACUACUUUUUGUCUGAGAUACCCGUCGCAGUAGACUUUUGUAUUAGAAGGCAGUGAGGAGCCAUGGGGGAACAGGCGGAGCUGUUGAACUUACACACCGAUAACGCUGUGCUGCGGAGAGCAAAGCGGCCUCGGCCUGACAGCUCGGAGCAUCAGGUGUUCGACCUAGCCGACUCCGAUGAUGAUUCGCCCAUUUCGCGUUCGAGGCCGGUGGAUGGAGCGGAGCAGGGUGCUGAUCGUCGCCAAGCACAUCCCAGGAUAGGGUCACUUUGGGGAGCGUUGCAAGACCAAGAUGCUGGGGCCCGAGGUGCUUUGGGGCGACCAAUCUAUCGGCCACCAUCUGCACGUCUUCGUCGGUUGCCUUUGAAUCCUAGACCCAACACCGUUCCUAGUCCGAUUGUAAUCGAUGACGAGGAGGAUGACGGGGACGACGCGCUGUCGCCCCAACAGCGCCCACCGCUGCGACAGCCCCACGCGCUUCUGCAGGCCGCAGGCGGAGAUGCCCCUGCCGCGGAUCCCUUUGGCCUCCCAGCUCCGCUCGCGCAAAGGCUGCAACUACGUGGACUGGCUUCUGGGAUCCAAGCAGGCGCCGCCGCUACCAACGCUUCCUCCGCCGCUUCAGGAGGUCACUUGCACCCACAACCGCAGCAGGAGCCCGCCGCUUCAGACCCCUCUCAGCCCCAGCAACAGCAAGGUGCACCACCGCCACCGCCGCGGCAGCAACAACAGCAGUGGCUGAACCCGCUUUUGCAGCUCCGGCGGGUGCCGCUGCAGCUGCCGCAGCCCAGCCAGAUGCUGGGCUGGCUUGGGUUCCCUGCUGAUGGCAGCGGCGGCGGUGACCGCGGAGAGGGUGCAUCCUCUGCUGCUGCUGUUCCGGCGGCAGCAGGGCUCCAGGGCGGCACCGCUGCUGCUGGGGGCGAGUCGACUAAUGGAUCGGGGCCUUCCUCGUCGUCGCCGCAAGCCCGACACCACCCUGCGGGGCCCCGUCUUGCGUCCUCGUUUAGGGAGGCAGCUGGGCGAGGAGAAGAGCUGCGGCGGGAGUCUUCGCUGCGGUCGCCGCUGCAGCAGCGGUUGCAGCGGUAUCAUGAGUUGCAGCAGCAGCGGCGGCUUCGGCAGGAACAAGAAGACUUGCUGCGGCGGCGGCAACAGCAACAACAGCAGCAGCAGCAAGAGUCGCGGGAGCAGCAGGAGCAGGGGCAGGCAGGGCGGAAGUUGGACCCGGCGGAGCAGGAGGAAGAGGACAAGCGCCUCGCGGCUCGGUUGCAGGCAGAGGAGGACGAGCGGGCGGCGCGGGAGGCGGCACGGCGGUUGGAAACGGAUGAGCUGCUUGCGCGGGAGGAGGUGGAGAGGGCGGAGCAGGAGGAGCACCGGCGGAUGAUGAACCGACUAGACGCUCUGGAAACGCUCGAGGCCACCAGUCAGGCCGCCGCCGGCCGUGCCAUGCGCGCCGCCGGGGGCCGGCGGGCCAACCGCGCAGCCGCCGAGCGGGCUCUGGCACGAGAGGAGCUCUUCGACCGGGAGCUCGAAGUCGACUUCAUGGACAUGAUGCGGGCGGCUAGGUACGCACGAACCGGCGGUGGCGGCGCUGCGGGUGCAGCUGCGGAUCAGGCGAGCCACUUGCCUUGGCUCGCUGGCCCCGGUGCCGCAGCUGCUCGGAGCAUUGCCGCGGCUGCUGCCGCCGCCGCUGACGCAGGCUCUGCAGCAGCAGGUGGUGGUGGUGGUGGUAGUGGUGCCGGAGCCGGGGCUCGUGCUGGUGCCGGCGGUCGUGCGGCUGCUGCCCGGUGGAGCGGCCGGGCGCUGCAUGAGAUGAUGUUUCCGGGAAUGGCCUUCGCCAUGGGCAUCCCGUACGGCCUGGCCCGUGCCAUGGCUGAUGAGGAGGGCGGCCCUGGAGCCGGGGCAGCUCGGGACAUCCGCCGGAAUCGUUACGUCGCGUUCCGGGAGCACGAGCGCGCCGUGCGGGAGCAGCUGGCGGCCGCACAGCGGGCCGGUCUGCCACCCUCGCUGCUGCUGUCCGACCGGGACUUCACGCCGGAGGAUUACGAGAUGCUGUGCAGGUUGGAUGACAAGGUGGAGAACCGCAAGGGCGCCCGAGAGGAGCAGCUGGCCUCGCUGGAGGAGCUGGUGGUGGGGUCCGAGGGGCGGCGGCAGAGCGACGGCAGCGUGGCGACAUGCGUGGUGUGCAUGGACGAGCUGGCGCCCGGGGCGGUGGUGAAGCGGCUGUACUGCAAGCAUGAGUUCCACAGCGACUGCCUGGACACGUGGUUGAAGAUAAAGGCUUGCUGCCCGGUUUGCCAGCGCGACCUGGACUAGUGGGGAAGGGGGCAAGGAAGAGAGGAUGAUGGCUUUAGCGGCAUUGGGCGAAGGGCUUGCAUGUAGACGAGGAAUGGCGGCUGGCGGCGCGUUUGUGUUCGGUGUCGACGUCCUGUAAACCGUCCCAUGGGUGGAUGGCCGCUACGGUUAGGCACUUUAGUCGGUAGUGGGUGGCUGGGAUGCCUUUAGGCCUUUAGGACCCUGGCCCAUUUUUUUGUGAUGAUUUGGUAUUGCAUUUCAGGUUAGGGGCUGGAGCUGCAUGCCGGGAGUGUCUAUGGGGGAGCACCGUUGUGGUGUGUUCCUUGACAGUUAGCACUUGACUCUCCAAUACACCAAGGACACGUGAAUCCUGGUUUGAGUGUAGUGUCGCGUUUGCGGCCGUUUGGUCAUGGAACGUGGGCAUAUAUAGCCUCGCUAAGCGCUGUGUGUACAUCCGCUGAAGCAGCGGUGGCAGGACGGGUGCGUGCAGUCGUUGUUGCAGUGCUGUAAAGAGCGGAUGGCCGGGCGCUUGGGCUUUCACGCCGUGUGUACUAUAUUAGGCCAUUUGAUAGGGCUUACGAGUGUCCUUUCUUCCCUAAGACACCUGCCAUUAGGGCUUUUCAGCUUAUGCUGUUGCGCGAGGGUAGCUUUCUGUGCGCAGUCUUGCGGCCUACACAUAACCAUUGUGUGAAUGCGGUCCCUAGCUUUUGCCGCAUGGCUUGGCAUGACGCGACGAAUGGAUUAUAUACAGCUGUGGGCAUCAUCGAUCAACAGGCUGCACCAUUCAUCAUGCACGUACUGACCAACGUGUAAGCAGGUGUGGACAA